AUGGAUAAUCUAUUUAAAAAUAUAAUAAAUAAUUUAGUCAUUAGAAAUAAAAUAUUUGAAUAUGUAGAGAAUGAUUCGAUAUGUGACUGUGCUUUUCAUCAUGGGUGGUCGGUUAUCGAGAAUGAUCCAUAUUUACUCAUUCAAUAUAAUUUUAUCGAUAUCUUACUCAAUCAGUAUUUCACUAAGAAUGAAAACAUUUUAACCGAUCUACCACAACGAUAUCGUACCAGCUCUGAAUUGGCAGCAGAACAACCAAUCGAAAGAUUUAUAAUAAGAGCAAUUAAUUACAACAGGUUAUCAGUAUUGAAAUUUUUGUUUGACACAAGAAAGCUGGUGUUAGUAUCAUUUAAAUAUAUAAAUGUCUGGAUUUCAUAUGCGGCGCAACGUGGCUAUUUAGAGAUUGUACAGUAUCUCUAUCAACAUCCACAGUUUAAAGUGUAUUUGAACGAAAAACAUAACAAUCGUACGUUCUAUGAAGCCAGUAAAUCCAAGAACAUUCAAUUGAUUGAAUGGCUUUCAAAGAAUGUAGAGCUUAGUGCGAAACCAAUCAGCUUCAACUCGUCACCGAUUGAAUGCGCAACUCAAUUUGGAAAUUCAGAGAUGGUAAAGUGGUUGGCCUUGAACCGACCAAUGGAUAGUAAAGAACAAGUGGUAGAGCUUUGCAUCGGUGGUAAUAAAUUAGAUAUUUUAGAAUGGCUUGAUUCACAUGGUUUUAUCGACAGAAACAUGAAAUCAAUCAAUUUAGAAUUCGUAAUUGAAGAUAUGAAAGUGGAAACUAUCCAAUGGGUGUUAGAUUCUGAUUACCAUAUCAAAUUCGGUCAGAGAACUUUCUCUUUUGCAGUAUCGAAAGGUCUUCUCGACUUUAUUAAAUGGAUGGAUCAAAGAGAUAAGAGUCUGGUUGGUAAACAGGAUUUACAUAUAGUUAUCAACUCCUAUCAAUUUGAAACAAUUAAAUGGCUUCACGUCAACAAUUACUUCAUAGAAAACGCUCCGCCACUUUCAAUAUUGAGAACACCCGAUAGUAAAUUACCAACAACACUACCUCUGGAAAUAGUGAGAUGGGUUCACGAGAAUAGGACCGAGGGAUUUUCAGAAUAUUUUUUUGAAUGUGCUGCUAUGUUUUCACUUGAAAUAGUAAUGUUUCUGCAUAGUAUUGGACAUGGUAGAGUGAUGUCAAUGGCACUCGAAUAUGCAGCUAGAUACCAGAAAUUGGACAUUGUACAGUUUCUUCAUUCCAAUACACCAAAUAUAUUGAGAGCAUUGAAAUUUCACAAUAUCAUUGGAAGAGCAGGUUUAGAUGUUGUUAAAUUCAUUCACAACAAUAGAACUGAACGAUGUUGGACAACCCUUUGCGUUGAUAAAGCAUCGAAAAAUGGUGAAUUCGAAGUGGUCAAAUUCUUAAUCGAGAAUCGUACAGAAGGAUGCACACAGAAAGCAAUUAGAUACUCCAAAUACUUUGAAUACGAUGAGAUCACCAACUACCUAUUGGAUCAUAAACUAUGUGAAGAUGAACCAUCAGACGAUGAUUUCGACAUUAACUCUUUGGAAAAUACUUCAAUAGAUGAAGAUGAAGAUGGAUCAGACUAUACUGAAGAUGAAGAUGAAGAUUUUUAA